ACCUCAAGUUUAGUAACAACAGGCAGAGGGAAUUACCGGCUUAGAGUUAUAGCUGUUUCAACAAGGCAUAGGUUCUUUGUUUUGCUAUUAACCUUGGUUGCUAUACGAAUAUCGGACGAACGAAGAAGGUAGUACUAGUAUCAUAUCCCAAAUUAUGGUUAAUUAUGUUGUAAUCGUGUUAUUUCAUUAACGAUAUGCAGUACUCGUGAAAAUUUAGUUACAUAAGUCACACUAUAUGUAGGGUAAAUUAGCUCGAGUGUCACUGAACAAAGACAAAUAUACGAGCUAUACCAUUUCACUAGAGAAAUUUAUUUGGAUACCAUUUAUGUUAUCCAUUUUUUGACCGUGUGUUUUGUUGAUACACCCACUCAUUCCUUCCCUCUUGUAAACCAAUUGGAAAGGAAAACUCGUUACUUAAUUCAAUGAUAUUAUAUUGUACAAGUUUAAGAAGGCGCCAGGCAUAAGACGAUUACUGGAGAUUAUAUCUAAUGCCUAAUUUGUCUAGGGGUUAUCUAAGUGCAUAGUGUAUAGAAGCUGCAAUAAAAAUAGCAAUUUGUUACUAAAAGAUUAAUGAAGUACCAGUUUUACAAUACUUUUGCAAAUGAUUAAUAUUAAGGGUAAUGCCUAAUUUUUAUCCAAACCCUUUUCAUAUUUUUUUAUAUUAUCCAAACCUAUUAAAAUUCCAUUAAUUAGCCAAAUCAUUCAUAAUGCAUAAAAAGAUUAGCCAUUUUUACAUUAUCGUUGAUAAUUAUGUACCUCUUUUCUUAGUUAAAAUACUAGAAUAUUGAAAUGUUUAGUUUGUGAAUCCCGAAUUAAUCUCAAUCUAGGAGAUGGCCAAGUCUUUGCUUACGAGUAUCGAUUCCGCGUGGUGUGUCUGUACCGGGAUGGAGGCUUUUUAAAAAUGAACUUGUUUUGUUCGGAUUCUCGGGAAUGGACGAAGGAUGCUCUUGUUCUCGAUGAUAAAUUCCGAGUCCCAGCAGAAAGUGUAGUUUCGUGCAAUGGGGAGUUGUUUUGGCUUAAUUUUGGUCGCUAGAAGCCUGUAGUUGCUGAUUUUAAUCCUUUCUUCCUCGAUAUACCUCCCUCUGCCAUUGAUGUUCCAUCACCAGUCCUUGGGAAAGAGUACUGGAAUAUCUCGGUCUCACAAGGUGCUCUGCACUUGAUUUUACUGGAAGAGAAUCCUCAACCGGGUUGUUCACCGUUUGCAUCGACUGUUUGGAGGCUGGAAGAAGACCGCAAAUCUUGGAGGAAAGUAUGUGAAGGGUUGUUGAAGGGAUCAAGGUCACGUGAAAUUGAUGCUUGUCUUGCACCUACCCUCCAUCCAGGCAAGCCGGAAGUUGUCUUCUUCGCUCUUCCCUGCAGUCGUGACGUUGAUCAUCCUCCGCAAUUCCCCUCUUUGGUGAAGACUGUGGAUGUGCUGUCCUGCAAUUUGAAGACUGGGGCAGCGUUGGAGUGGUUCGCUGAUCUACAUAAUUUCCGAAGUUAUUGGAGUCUUUUCCUGGUUGAGUUGUCCUGCUGGCCGACUUCAAUUCCAAGGUACGAGGAACUGCGAGCUGCAUAUGAUGGAUUCUGCAGCUGGUGUACCUCCCUCAAUGGCUGGUUCUUACUUCUGCUUGUGAGUCUCUGGUAGGGUUAGUUGUGCACUAGCGAAAAUGAAAAUGACUAGGCAUGCACUAGUAAUGAAAAUGGGAUAAUAAAAAAGAAGGGAAAUCAUUUCUUAUUCCCCUAACAGGCUAACAGGAUUAGAGGAGAUGUCUUGAGUCUGCUCGCUUACUAACUGCUUCCUCUCUGCCUUCUAUCUAAUUGCUUGAGAAUUUUGUUCUGUUUUGCGAACUCUUUGGUCCUUUACAAUAAACUUGACCUUAAUGAAGUUAGCCAUGUUUAGAUAGCACAGAGAGACCGCAUAAUGUUUUCUUAUCCUCAGAUUUCUUUCUGUGGCCUGCUUUCUAAUCAUAUCUCCCAUCUCUAUGUUGUGGUUGGUUUGAUUGCUGAACCAAAACAGGCCGUUGAUGGAGUUGAGCAAUCUAAUCACUAGAAGGAGCAGAUCGGUGAAGAAAGUCUUGCAUCCUAAGAAGGAUGAUGGCACUGGAAAGAAAUCAGUAUCUAUCAGACAAAGGGGAAGGAGCUGAUCAUUUGCUAUCGCUGGUGCUUAGGAGAUGUAACGACGUUGCUAUCUACGGCCUCUAUAUUCUGAUCAUAGAGCUGGCAGAAGGAAUUGCAUCUGGCGAUGGGCUGAAUCGGAGGCAAAUUAGGAGAUGGGAGCAAAAUGCAGCUAAUCAUCAGCAGCUGGGGAAAUCCACUGCCCUCAUCAAUCUGGUCCCACAUGGAGUCGGAUUCAUUUUACUAUGCUUUGCUUCCUCCAUGUACAACAGAAUAAGUGACAAAGCCCUCAAUUCCUCAUCAAGGAUUUGGUGCCUAUGAUGUCUUGCUAAAACUAUAUAAACUACAGAGAAUUUC